CGGACCCCGGACCCCUGGCCCCGGAGCCCGUGCGCGCCCCCUGUUCUUGCCCCGGACGCCCGUGUACGCACCCCGAGCGCGCCCCGGCCAUGCGCGGCCUGGGGCUCCAGGUGCUUGCGCUGUGUCUGCAAGUGGCUGCCCCCAGCACCCCGCUGCCUCACGUGGACCAGUAUGAGGUGGUGUGGCCCCAACGCCUGCCGGCAGCACCCCGUGCCCGCCGAGCCCUGCCCUCCCACCUGGACCUAUACCCGGAGACUGUGAGCUACAUCCUUGGGACCCAAGGGCACAACUUCACCCUGCACUUGAGGAAAAACAGGGACCUGAUAGGCUCGGGCUACACGGAGACCUACAGGGCUGCCAAUGGCUCCCAGGUGGUGGAGCACCCACAAAGGCAGGGUCACUGCUUCUACCAGGGCCACGUGGAGGGGCACCAGCAUUCCGCCGCCAGCCUCAGCACCUGUGCCGGCCUCAGGGGCUUUUUCCGGGCCGGCUCGGACGUCCACCUGAUCGAGCCCCUGGACGGGGACGGUGAAGAGGGGCAGCACGCGCUAUACCGGGCGGAGCACCUGCAACAGAAGGCCGGGACCUGUGGGGUCAGCAACACCAGCUUGGAGAAGGCCUUGGGGCCUCGGAUCUCGGCAGCCUUCAGGCCCCAGAGCUGGCCACUGCCCCGAGACACCCGCUACGUGGAGCUGUAUGUGGUCACGGACAGCACAGAGUUCCAGCGGCUGGGGAGUAGAAGAGCUGUACGCAGCCGGGUGAUGGAGGUGGUGAACCACGUGGACAAGCUUUAUCAGGAGCUCAAUUUCCGUGUGGUCCUGGUGGGCCUGGAGAUGUGGAACCACAAGGACCAGAUUCACGUGAGCUCGAACCCCGACGUCACACUGGACAACUUCCUCCGGUGGCGGACGCAGAACCUGGUGGGUCGGCACCAGCACGACAACGCGCAGCUCAUCACCGGGGUCAAGUUCACCGGGACCACCGUGGGACUGGCCAAGGUGGCGGCCGUGUGCUCGCAGGACUCGGGGGCUGUGAACCAGGACCACAACCUAGAGAACCCCAUCGGCGUGGCGUCCACCAUGGCCCACGAGAUGGGCCACAACCUGGGCAUGGACCACGACGAGAACGUCCAGGGCUGCUACUGCCCUGUGCCACGGGAGGGCGGCGGCUGCAUCAUGGCGGCCAGCAUCGGCGCCAGGUUCCCCAGAAUGUUCAGCCAGUGCAGCCGCGCUGACCUGGAGAUGUUCAUGGAGAAGCCUCGGACAGCCUGCCUGGCCAAUGCCCCGGACCCCAGCCGGCUGGUGGGCGACCCUGUGUGCGGGAACCUGUUUGUGGAGCGUGGGGAGCAGUGUGACUGUGGCCCGCCCCAGGCCUGUCGGAACCCCUGCUGCAAUGCUACCACCUGCCAGCUGUCCACGGGGGCCCAGUGCGCACAGGGUGCCUGCUGCCGAAGCUGCAGGGUGACGCCUGCCGGUGAGCUGUGCCGUCCCCCAAAGGACGCGUGUGACCUUGAGGAGUACUGCGAUGGCCAGCAGCCAGUGUGCCCGGAGGACGUCUUCCAGGAGAAUGGCACGCCCUGCCCGGGGGGCUACUGCUACAACGGGGUCUGCCCCGUGCUGGCCCGGAGGUGCCAGGACUUGUGGGGGCUAGGCUCACGGGUUGCUGUGGAAACAUGCUACACCUACAGCAUCUCACCAGGCUGCCAGGGCGGACCCGCCCACAGUUCCAGCAGAGUCAACAACUGUGGCAUCCUAUACUGUGAGGGUGGACAGAAGCCCCUAGAGCGGACUUACUGCAUCCUCACCUCCCACGCGGGCACUUGCAAGGCUCUUGUCCUGGAGGGAGGUGCUGGGUAUGAGCCAGUACCCGAAGGCACCAAGUGUGGCGAGCAGAGGAUUUGCUGGAAAGGACUCUGCCAGCACCUGCAAGUUUACAGAUCCAGAAACUGCUCCGCCCAGUGCAACAGCCAUGGGGUGUGCAACCACAAGGGAGAGUGUCACUGCCACCCGGGCUGGGCGCCGCCCCGCUGCACAGAGCCGCUGCCCCACGUGCACACAGGGUCCAGGAGCCUCCUGGUGGGCGUACUGGUAUCUGUGGUGCUGCUGGUCGCUCUCCUGGCCGGAGCGGUCUUCUGCCUGAAGGCCCGGCGCCGCGUCUCUGGGAGGAACACGGCGCCCAAGACUGCCAAGGGGCUCUCCAACCCCCUGUUCCACGAGGGGCGCGGUGUGCCAGCCAAGGGUGGGGCUCCGGCCCCCACCACCCACUCCAGCGAGCCCACCGGGCCCACGGCCUCCACAGUGACCCCUAAGCAGCCGCCCCCUGCUCCUCCAGCCACCAUGUCCAACCCUCCCUUCACUGUUCCUGUGUACACCCGGCCGCCCCCAGACCAGCAGCUCCGCCCUGCUCCUCCUGCCAAGCCCCUCCCUGAACUGAAGCCCAAGCAGGGUGUGAAGCCGACCUUCCCACCCCCGCUGCCACCGGUCAAGCCUGGGGCUGGAGGGGCCAACCCUGGACCCACGCAGGGCGCCGUUGGUCCGAAGGCUGCUCUGAAGCCCCCGGUGCAGAGGAGGUGACGCGGGGCUGCAGGCGCUGGGCCUGGGUGCGGCCUGAGAAGUGCUAACAGAAGAGCCGGGCCGACUCCCCUCUCCCACCGGCCGGCCACCCCCGCCCGGGACCCCCCAUCGCACCCCCGCCCGGGACCCCCGGCCUUCUGCACUGCGCCCCCCCCCGGGGGUCCCGCACCCCGAGGGGCGACUGCGGCCGGCCGCUGCUCUGGAAGCAGCACCCCCCCCGCCCCGGCCCCGUCCGCGCAGCAGGGCCGAAACUGCAAUGAAGUGUAUUUUCUGAUUAAGCCAUUGAUCAAGUUCUAAAUAAUCGGAGAUUUUUAUUAAAUCGAUGUUAGAGUGUAAAA